AUGGCGCCCAACAAUGCAGAAAAGAACGAUAUCUCCGUCCCCGACUCCUCCAACCCGUCCAACCUCUCCGUCUCCACCCUAGGCAUCCACGCCGAUAACCCCAUAAACUACUACCAGGACGUCGCCCCAGCUCUCCACGUCUCCACCACUUACCGCUAUGCCUCGAAUCCCGACAACCUCGUCCCCGAACACGAAGUCGAAAUCCCCUCUCUCUUCCCACCAGGCGGCCCCGUCCGCGGCGACGCACACAUCUACUCCCGCCUGACAGCCCCCAACGCCUCACGGCUCGAACUGAUCCUCAGCCAGCUCCUCGAAGCUCCUUGUCUGACAUACAGUUCCGGCCUAUCAGCGUUCCACGCCCUGCUCGUGUGGCUGAAACCCAAAGUCGUCGCGAUCGGGAAGGGAUACCACGGAUGCCACGGAGUUCUCAAAGUCUAUCAAAAAUUGACAAACUGCAAAAUCGUGGAUAUCUUCGACGAGAAGAGCUGGGAUGAGGCGGGUUUGGGAAAGGGCGACGUGGUGCAUCUCGAGACGCCUGUGAAUCCCACGGGAGAGGCAUAUCAUAUCGCUGCGUUUGCGGAGAAGGCACAUAAGCGAGGGGCGGUGUUGACGCUCGACUCGACGUUUGCGCCGCCGCCGCUGCAGGAUCCGUGGAAAUGGGGCGUGGAUUUCGUGAUGCAUUCUGGUACGAAGUAUUUCGGUGGGCAUUCGGAUAUGUUGUGUGGGGUUGUGGGGAUCGGGAAGCAUAGGGCGGGGUGGGAGAAGGAUUAUUGGGGCAUGUUCGAGGAGAGGUUGUUUCUUGGGGCGGUCAUGGGGAGUUUGGAGGGGUGGCUGGGGGUUAGGAGUUUGCGGACGUUGGAGUUGAGGGUCAAGAGGCAGAGUGAGAGUGCGGAGAGGCUUGUGCGGUUUUUGGAGGGAUGUCUGAAAGGCGAGGAGAAGGGUGCGGGAAGCGACGACGUCCGGAAAACCGUUGCGAAGAUCGAACACGCGAGUCUUCAGCAGGAGGAUAUGUCCUGGCUGUCGCAGCAGAUGCCCAACGGCUAUGGACCUGUGUUCUGCAUCUCGAUGAAGAGCGCGGAGCUCGCGAAGCGUCUGCCUAGUAAAUUGCAUUUCUUCCAUCAUGCGACUAGUCUCGGCGGCGUGGAGAGUCUGAUCGAGUGGAGAAAGUUGAGUGAUCGGGGCGUGGAGCCGGAGUUGUUGAGGGUUAGUGUGGGUGUGGAGGGGUGGGAGGAUUUGAAGGGGGAUCUGGUUAGGGGCGUUGGGGAGUUGGUGAAGGAGGGGGUUGUGUAA